AAAGCCUUGCCUUGAAACUUGGUAUAGAAUAUUACGUCUUAUCUAGUUGAAUUAUGUUCAGGUUGACAAUUCUAUGAAAAUAUUUGAUUCUUAAUAAACAUUACAUGCUAAUCAUUAGCUUAAGUUGUCAGAAAUAAACUUAGCUCAAUUUGUUUUUUUUUCCUACCCAACAUAAAACCUGAAGAUUUAUGUACAAGUCCAUGUAUGUCUUAUGAUUCAUGUAUGAGUUUAUGUUAGUUGAGUUAUGUUAAUGUUAGUAAGUUUGUGUUAUCGGCCUUACGUUGCCAAAUCCUAACCAAUUAGAUAACCUUUGUUUAAAAAUUGUUGGAAGAUAAGAAGGGUAAGGGGCUUGUUAAAUUAAUAUUUGUGCAAUUGAAUCUAAAAUUGUCACCACACGAUUUAUAAUAUAAUAUUUAAAAUGAAGAAUCAAUAUAGCUUCUUUCUAUGCAUUGGAGAUUGGGGCUUCAUUAUCUUGAAUUUUUAUUCCUGUUUCCCGUGUAGCUUCCUUUUUGUUCUAUUCUGUCAGGGUAAAUAAAAGGUUCAUUUUGAUCUUAUAUUAUUCUUGUAGCGUGAGAAUCAAAUUAACUUUGAGAUAGCUUUCAUAUGAAUAUGAUUUCUCAACUUUUUCCGCCAUGCCAAAUUGUCAAUCCUUAUAAUUCUGUAUAUUAUAAGGUUUUACAACCCAUCUCUAUCCUGGAAUUUUGUGUGGACUUAUCACCUAUAAUUAGGAGGGGAAUCAUAUGUUAUUCUGAAUUUUUAUUCAAUAACAGAAAUCUACAUUAUCUUUUUUUAAAGAAACAUUCUUUUGAAAAAGUGUUUCAAUUGUUAAAGAAAGAAACUUUGUACGAAUAUGGACAAACAAAUAUUAUUUUAAUAAAUAAAAAAAAAAUUAAUGAGAUGUAUGAAAUUAGUAACUAUUGGUUGCUGAUGAAAUUUGUUGCUCAAUUUUCAAACAUAUCUUAGAUAACUUCGGCCCUUACUAGUAAUAUCACAUAAAUUAGGGCGUGCGUGUGGUUUUACUACUAUUAAUAAGAUAACUCGUGAUGCUGCUUCUAAGAGGUGCAUCAAUUAUUAUUAUUAUUUUAAAAAUAUGGAAUAGGACAUUAUUCAAUUUUCAUCCUUAUCAUAAUUCUACUAUGGGAACUUUACUUACAUACAAAGAGACUUAACAUAGUACUUUAUCCCUUUGCAACUUAUACUAAAUCCUCACGCAAUUAUUUCAAAAUAAAUUUAUCAGUUGAAUCUCUUCUAAACGUAUCUAUUUUGCAGGCCAUUUCAAUGAAAUAUUAAUAUUAUAUAUGUAUGUAUAUAUAACCUAGCUUAUAAUUUAGUCAUUCCAAAUGAGAUUGGUGAUAUAUAGAAGGGAAGAAAUUAAAAUAAGGGAUAAAAGGAAUUUGGCGUUCCACGUAUUAUUAGCCAUAUUAUUAUAAUGGUGAAAAGAGCAAGAAUUCAACUCACAUCAAGUUUUUGUCACCUCUUGGUUGGAGGUGAAAUGACCUAGGAUAGGAUUUGAGUUGUUUUUAAUUUAAAAUUUUGUCACCCUAAGAUUAAGAAGUCAAUUCUUUAUUUGAACUCGAUGGAUCAAUUUAUGAGGAAGUCAUCCUUAUUAGAUAUUCUAUUUGUUGUCUCUUUAUCGAAAGAUAAAAGAAAUUCGUGACUAUAUUCUUUGGCGUUGUAAGAUAGGGAGAUCCAUUUGAAAUUUUUUCUUCCAAACUUUUAGUUUAUCCACCUCGUGAGAUUCUGUGAGGGAGCAAAAUGGUGAGUGUGUUUAGAUAGUGGAAACUAGAGAGGUUGCCAGUAAUCUUUGGUCCUUUGUUCAUUUAAAAGUUGCUUAUUUCAAUGAAGUUAUAUAAUUAUUCUAUAGACACUAUAUUACUUAAACAUUCAAGCUCAUUUUUGUACACUUUUGCGUUUGUAUUCUUUCCUUUCUUGUCUCAAAUGAAAGUUGUUUUCACACACAUAUACUUUAAAUCUUAAAUUUUCAUAACAAGUUAAACAUCUACUAAGACAAACACAUAAGGGUUAUUAGAAGUCACAUUCAUACAAGUUGUUAAGUUUUUGCCCCUCCAUUUAGACAACAAGAGAGUAACAUCAAAUAAAAAGUUAAAACUAAAAGUUAAAAAAGCUUUGUAUUUAUGUGUUCAACAUUUUAUGCAGUCAAUUUCCCCAUUCACCCUAUAAAACCACACUCCAUUUUGUUGCUCUCACUUCAAAACCAACUAAAACAAAGCUCAUUCCAUUGCCACCCUUAAUCUUCCACCGGAAAAAAAAAAUGGAGUUCCGCCUCCGAGCUCUCCUCUGCUUCAUGGUCAUUUUAACACUAAUGGCGAAAUCCAAUGGUGGAAAGAUAGCGAUUUAUUGGGGUCAAAAUGGAAAUGAGGGCACUUUGGCAGACACUUGUGCCACCGGAAACUACCAAAUUGUAAUCCUAGCUUUUCUAGCCGUCUUCGGCAACGGCCAAACGCCGCAGAUCAAUCUCGCCGGCCACUGCGACCCCUUUAGCAACGGAUGCAUUCACGUGAGCUCUGACAUAAAGUCGUGUCAAGCCAAAGGCAUCAAGGUGAUACUUUCUAUUGGAGGGGGCGUAGGAAGCUACUUUCUUUCAUCGGAUGACGAUGCUAGAAAAGUGGCACUCUACCUUUGGAAUAACUAUUUAGGUGGCAAUUCAGGAUCUCGUCCACUUGGCAAUGCUGUGCUCGACGGUGUUGAUUUUGACAUUGAAGGUGGGACAAAUCAACAUUGGGAUGUGCUAGCUAGGUCUCUGUUGAAGUUUGGAGCUCAAAGUGGCAGGAAAGUGUUCAUUACAGCAGCACCGCAGUGCCCUUUCCCAGACGCUUGGAUCGGGAACGCAUUGAUGACAGGCCUUUUCGACUACGUUUGGGUUCAAUUCUACAACAAUGCACCGUGCCAAUUUUCAGGAGAUGGUAGCAAUCUUUUUGACGCUUGGCAGCAAUGGACUUCCACAAUUCCUCAUGCUAAAAUCUUCUUGGGCCUCCCUGCCUCUCCUUCUGCUGCCGGUAGUGGGUUCAUUCCCGCCGAUGUUUUGAAAUCGCAAGUACUCCCAAACAUCAAACAUUCAUCAAAGUAUGGUGGCGUUAUGCUGUGGUCAAAGUUUUAUGACGAUCAAACUGGCUAUAGCUCUUCCAUUAAACACAAUGUUUGAUAAUUAUAACAUCUUCUUACAUUAUGCAUGUGUGAGUGUGUGUAAUCAACAAUAAAGUGUUUCUUUAGUUUUAA